AGUUGGAACAAAGUUGGAACAGGCUCGUGAUUUGAUUGGCCGAAAGUUGAAACAGAGUGUUCCAACAUUGACUGCAAGAGUUUUUCUUGAGCUGGAGUUGCUCAUUUGAAGUGCAAGCGUUGUAUGAUUUGUGAUUUUCUCAAGAAAAAGAUAGGGGAGGGUGUGAUAUACCAAACAUUGUCAUUGUGGUGAUAGAGUUCUGAGCUGGUGAUAACCUCAGAAUUGAAAGGAAUAGAACAAAAAACAAAACAAAACAACAACAACAACAACAACAACAACAAAAAUAUCUACGAUAAAAAUAGCCAAACCGCCAAAGACGCUAGAUGCUUUAAAAACAAGCCACAUUUGUCUGGAAAACUGCCAGUCUGGCAGCGCUGCUCUCACUAUGGGUUCACUUCAGAGGAAUGUUUAUUGGAUACUUAGUCUGAUCUUCGUUUUUACAGCAUUUCUGUUCUUUGUAGAUUUGUUCACAGCUGACCUUUUCCCCUGUACAAGCUUAAACAAGGAUGGAAAUUACAAUACUUCACAUCAAGCCGAGGAAAACAACUCUCAUAGUACUGCAAAAGAAAAUGACAGCUAUCGGAAUGACGUAAAAUCAGAAUGUGCUGAAAGAGGUCUUGUCGCUUAUGGUCAAACAGUGUUUAUGUGCGGCCUUUUAAUUGGAUCAUUGGUUGGUGGUAUAUUAUCAGACAGAUAUGGCAAGAGAGUUCUGCUUAUUGGAAGCUGCACUGUACAAGCAGUCACGGGAUUGAUGUCUGCAUUUGUACCUCAUGUCAUUUUUCAUCUCAUUGCUCGCCUUAUUGUUGGAAUAACAUGUUGCGGCAUAAAUAUCAGCUCCUUCAGUCUAGGAGUGGAAUGGAGUGUACCAAAAUACCGCAUGUGGCCUCCAGCCCUGCUGACCUUUGCAUCUGCUAUUGGGAUGAUGCUGUUUGCUGGUAUUGCAUCCCUAGCAUCAGACUGGCUACAGUUCAGCCUAGCCAUUUCAGUUCCACAGAUUGUUUGUCUGCCUAUUUAUUUUUAUAUUCCAGAAUCUCCAAGGUGGCUGAUGACAAAUAAAAGAUUCAGUAAACUUGAUGAAUACCGGAAGAGAAGCAAAGAGGACAGUGAAAGUUUGGAUUUAAUUCUAAAUACCAUUGGAUGUGAACCACAGAAUUCUAUUAAACUAAGAUAUGAAGACCAAACUAAUUCUGUUUUACAAUACUUCAAAUCUGGAACCAUAAUCCUACGGUUAUGUAUAAUGAGUUGUAUAAGUUUGGCAUCUGCUCUGACAUACUGCGGAAUAUCCUACAAUGUGGGAAGUUUUGGUGUGAAUAUGUACCUCGGCCAGUUUUUCUCAGGGCUAGCAGAAUGUCCUUUGAUAUUGAUGCCGUUUCUUUUGAGUCGAUUUGGACGCAGACCCUUAAGUAUAGUAUCACUGUUGCUAAGUGGCACAGCUUGCUUACUGUCCCUCCUCAUUUCAGAAUUUUGUGCCAUACCUGCCUUAGUAAUGACAUUGGCUUUAAUUGGUAAACUCUGCGUGCAAGUGUCAUUUUGUGUUUCACUGCUCUAUUCCAUAGAGCUCUUUCCAACAGUAAUGAGGCAGAAAUGUGUGGGGUUUGUAUUUCUCUGGUAUCGGAUUGGUAGUAUUUUGAAUGCACUGAUGUCGCCAGGAAGUGGUCUUUCAUUGGCAACAAUGAUUUGCUAUUGCAGUGGCCCUAUUAUUGGAGGAUUAUUUUGUUUAUUUUUACCUGAAACAAGUAACAUGCCUCUACCUGACACUUUAGAAGACUGUCAAAAGCAGCCUGUUCUGCCAUUCUUUUAUAAAAGGGUUUCCACAAACCUCAACAAUGAAAAGAAAUCUCAUCCUGAACUUUCUGAACAACAGUGAACAUCAAAUUCAAGAUGCAAAACCUAUCGACAAAAUAACCUGCAUGAUUACAGA